AUGUCGGAUGUGCCAGAACCAGCAGUUUCUGCCGAACUUAAGGCUUGGCUAUUCAAUGCCAUUACUGAAUCUAUACCCAAAGCUCUUGCGGCUUUCCGCGAGCAAACAAUCCCAGCCCCUACGGCGACCAUUACCCAACUCUCAGACUCCGAGGAUUCUCACGCUUCAGAGCAUGAGGAAGCCCCUCGCAAACGCCCUUGGAAGGGCGAUAGCGCCACCGCCGGUAAAG